AUGUUCCCCCCGACCUACAGGCCGAUACCACUGCUUGAUUACCAACGCACAUUGCGCCCCUCCCGCUCUUUCGACACCCACCAUGUUCUCUGUGCCACAGGUCGGCGCUAUUGUCUCAUAGGCAGCGCACGUCUCAAAACGCGCUUCCGUUCGUUGCCCGUGAUGUUCACCUCGACCUCCAGGCUCCCUGUGCUUGCACAGGUCGGCGUCAUUGUCUCAUAG